AUGUAUGGCCCUGCUUCACAGCGGUAUUGGGCUAUAUCCCAUGCACGACAACCUGAAGGAACACCAUUAGAGCCACCAACUAAUGCUACCUUCUCACAGUUGCAGCGAGUUGAUGCAAUGCAAUCCGACAUUAUUGCUCAGCAGGAGAAUAACUCCGACCAACGCCAGUUCGUUCGUGUGAGUUGCCGUUUGAAUGGAGGUGUAAUUUCUCUGGAUAUUGACGUUGUAGAAUUGCGGCAAGCACUCGGAUUACCGUCCUACAAUCUUUUUCCUCCUUUUCGGGCAGACCUCGACACGACGUAUCCUACUGAAAAUAUUGAUAACGAUGAGCACGCAGCACAAUAA